GGUGCUGCCUCAGCGCCUCUGUGCUUCCGCCUGUUCCAGAAGCUGUCAGGUUCUCUGGCGCACCCUCUCACCUGUUCAGACUAAUUUCCUAAGUUCGGUGGGUCCCGGACCAAGAUCCAAACUCUGCAUUUCAAUGAGGCCAUUUCUAAGUUCCGCCAUCGAUGUGGUUCAAAGGCGCUGGUGAAUGGGGAUGUGGGGGUUGGGAGGGGGUCUGACAGCCUCCGAACGCCCUUCCGGAGAUGCGGCGCGAAGGAGUUAAGCCGGACUACGAGUGACAUCACCUCAUUUGCAUAGAAGCACACAUAAAGCGGCGUUCGCCGCGCCCCUCCCGACAAUCCGCAGCGGCUUCUGAGCAGAUCAGACUCUCCUCGUUCGCGCAGCUCGCUCGGCUCCUUCCAGCAACCAUGUCUGACAAACCCGAUAUGGCUGAGAUCGAGAAAUUCGAUAAGUCGAAGUUGAAGAAAACAGAAACGCAAGAGAAAAAUCCUCUGCCUUCAAAAGAAACAAUUGAACAAGAGAAGCAAGCUGGCGAAUCGUAAUGAGGCGAGCGCCGCCAAUAUGCACUGUACAUUCCACGAGCAUUGCCUUCUUAUUUUACUUCUUUUAGCUGUUUAACUUUGUAAGAUGCAAAGAGGUUGGAUCAAGUUUAAAUGACUGUGCUGCCCCUUUCACAUCAAAGAAUCAGAACUACUGAGCAGGAAGGCCUCCCCUGCCUCUCCCACCCAUCUGAUGGUCUGGCUAGCAGAGAGGGAAAAGAACUUGCAUGUUGGUGAAGGAAAAAGCUGGGUGGGAGAUGAUGAAAUAGAGAGGAAAAUUCAAGAUGGUCAAAGAUGUCCUGCAGGAUGUAAAAUGCAGUUUAAUCAGAGUGCCAUUUUUUUUUGUUCAAACAAUUUUAAUUAUUGGAAUGCACAAUUUUUUUAAUAUGCAAAUAAAGUUUUAAAACCUGA